AUGCCGACCCCGACCCCCAGCCCGGCGCCCCCCGGCCGCUCCUUCACCAUCGCCGCGCUCCUGGGACCCUCGGGACCCUCGCCUCGCCCUGAGCCCCCCCCGCCGCCGCUCUGGGGGUCCCCCCCGGCUCCAGCCCCGCUCCUGCCGCCGCUCUGCACCGACUGCUGCGGGGGAACCCCCGCAUGGGCCGCCAGCCUCGGGGCUACAGGCUUCCUGAUCUCCAGGUGCUGCUUCCCCGUCUUCAAAGCCAAGCCUGGCAAAGCCAAGAGGGUCAGGACCAUCUUCACCAAUGACCAGCUGGCCCGGCUGGAGAAGGAAUUCUCACGGCAGCAGUACCUGGUGGGCACGGAGAGGGGCCUGCUCGCCUCCUCCCUGCACCUCACCGAGGAGCAGGUGAAAGUCUGGUUCCAAAACCGCAGGAUCAAGUGGAGGAAACAAAGCCUGGAGCAGCAACAAGCCAAGCUGGCCAAAAUGGGUGGCCACCCCACAGGGGAGCCCUGA